AUGGCAUUUCAGGAUUUUGAUAUCAUAUCAGAGCGACGAAAGAACGAGGAGAAGCUCAAGCUUAGGAAAAAGAUUCUCAUUGGUGUAGUUUCCACCAUUCUCCUUGCAUGUGUGGUUGCUGCUGCAGCAUUUGUUGUUGUCAAAAGAACAGGCUCUCAACCCAAGGAAUUGUCUCCCUCAGAAGCUACCAAUCAUGUUGAUAGAUAUUCCAAGCUUGUGAAAAUGAUAUGCAGCAAUGCAGAAUACAAGGAAAAAUGUGAAAGCUCCCUUACCGAGGCAUUGAAGAAGGACCCCAAGUUGACAGAACCAAAGGAUCUUCUCAAGAUUUCUAUGAUUCUUGCUGAGGCUGAGGUCAACAAGGCCUUCAACAAAACCGCAAAAUUGAAGUUUGCAAAUGAGGAGGAGAAAGGAGCAUACGAAGAUUGCAAGGAGUUGUUUAAGGAUGCCAAGGACGAACUUGGAUUCUCUAUCACUGAAGCUGGUUCCAAUGAUCUGUCUAAACUUAAAGCUCCUGAAAUUAACAAUUGGCUCAGUGCAGUUAUAUCUUACCAACAAACAUGCAUUGAUGGGUUCCCUGAAGGAAACAUGAAGAAUGAGUUUAAAAAGCUCUUCAAUGAAUCCAGGCAACUUGUUAGCAAUUCCCUUGCAGUUGUGUCUCAGGUUUCUUCCUUAUUCUCUUCAUUCAAUGUUGGUGCUCCUGGUGCUGCUCCUGUUAUGGCCCCUGCUGGGGAUAGCCCAGCUCCUGCUUGGGCUAGCCCUGCUCAGUUGUUAGGAGCAGAAGGUAAACCCACACCUAAUGUCACUGUUGCCAAAGAUGGCAGUGGAAACUUCAAAACCAUCUCUGAAGCUUUGGCAGCCAUCCCACAAACUUAUGAAGGAAGGUACGUGGUUUAUGUUAAAGAAGGAGUAUACGAUGAGACAGUGACCGUGACAAGGAAAAUGGUAAAUGUAACCAUGUAUGGUGAUGGACAACAAAAGAGCAUCGUCACUGGCAACAAAAACUUUGUAGAUGGAGUGAGGACAUUCCAAACUGCAUCUUUUGUUGUACUUGGAGAUGGAUUCAUAGGCAAGGAUAUGGGAUACAGAAACACUGCUGGAGCAGAAAAGCAUCAAGCCGUGGCUGCCAGAGUACAAGCAGAUCAAGCAGUGUUUGUACAAUGUGCUUUUGAAGGCUACCAAGACACACUAUAUGCUCAAACCCAUAGACAAUUCUACCGUGACUGUGUCAUUGAAGGCACCAUUGAUUUCAUCUUUGGUGAUGCUUCUGCUGUCUUCCAGAACUGCAUAAUGGUUAUAAGGAAACCAUUGGACAACCAGCAGAACAUUGUCACUGCUCAAGGCAGAAUUGACAAGGCAGAAAACACUGGUUUUGUUCUUCAAAAGUGUGUUAUUAAAGCUGCUGAUGCACUUGUUCCUGUGCUUGGUAAGAUCAAGAACUACCUUGGAAGGCCAUGGAAGGAGUACUCAAGAACCAUCAUCAUGGAAUCUGAAAUUGGGGACUUGAUUCAACCUGAUGGGUGGCUACCUUGGGAAGGUGACUUUGCACUCACCACAUUGUACUAUGGUGAGUACAACAACAAUGGUGUUGGUGCUAACACUAAUGCUAGGGUCAAGUGGCCUGGUCGCAAAGAUAUUAACAGAGAAGAGGCUAACACUUACACUGUGGAGUCUUUCUUGCAAGGGACAUGGAUCAAUGGCACAGGUGUACCAGCUCAGUUGGGCUUGUACAAUUAA